AUGGCUCCUUUCAGAGGAAGAGGCGGCAGUCGCGGGUCAAGGGGUGGAGCAAGAGGUGGAUCAAGAGGUGGAUCACGCGGCGGAUCGAGAGGAGGCAGAGGUGGAAGGGGUGGCAGCGACAAGCUCAAUCGCAGCGGAAUUCGCACUCGUGGCGGGUACAAGAAGUUUGACAGCCAGAGAGUCAGGGACAUUGACGACAGCGAGGAGGAAUUACCUCCAGCAGAAGGAGACGAAGAGGUUUCGCAGGACGACGAUGAUGACGAUAUCAGUGAAGACGAGCUGGUUGGGCAGCCGAGUGUCAAGGCCUGGCAACAGCUGAUGCAGAGCUUCAAGCGGCCUGCAGAUGAUGGAGAAAGAAAAGCGAAACGGAGAAAGAUUGAGGAGACUGUUGAGGAACAAGACGGUGCAGAAGACGUUGAGAUGGCGGUUGAAGAUGUCGCUCAGGGAGAAGCAUCAGAGGAAGAGGACGACGAGGACGAGGACGAGGACGAGGACGAUGCCGAAGAGGUAGACGAAGACGAUGGGAUCCGCGACGAUCCAUACGAGGUCCAUUUUGCCACGGAAGACAACGACCUUGCUCGCCGACUGAAGGCACUACAGGCCGGCGAGUGGAAAACUUCAAAACGAUCUAUUGGAAAGGCGGCCAAUAUCGCAACGACUGCCUCAAAGGACUCUGUUCCUCCAAAACCCAUCACAUCUUCCACUCAACUUCCCCUCAAGGACCGUCUAUCAAAAUCUUCUUCGUUCAAGCUCCCUCUCAAACUAGAACUCGAUCAAACCCUCACCUCCCACAUAUUCACCUACAGCGAUGUCAUGACUAGCAUUCGGACGCCCUCUCUCCCUACAACCCUCGCUCUUCACGCUGUGAACCACAUCCUCAAAGGCCGCGACAAGGUUCUCAAGAACACAGCCCGCCUUCGCCAAAAUCCCGAUUCUGGCCUGGAACUCCGCGAUCAGGGUUUUGUCCGUCCAAAAGUCCUUAUCCUGCUUGAAACUCGCCAAGCAGCCCACGCCUACGCUUCCUCGAUUGUCAAGAUUUUCUCGCCAGACCAACAAGAAAACCGCAAACGCUUCGAUGAUGCCUUCUUUGCACCACUGGAUGAGAACAGUACCAUGCCGAAAGACUACCAACAAUUGUUCGGAGGCAACAAUGACAACUCCUUCGUAACAGCUCUGAAGUUCACACGCAAAACACUGAAGUUCUACUCUGCAUUCUACAAUUCCGACAUCAUCCUCGCUUCUCCGUUGGGGUUGAGGAGAAUCAUUGAGAAUGAGGAUGUCAAGAAAAGGGACUACGACUUUCUAAGCUCUAUCGAGGUCGUCGUCGCGGAUCAAUUGGAAGCUUCAUACAUGCAAGCCUGGGAGAAUGUCUCGACCGUCUUCUCACAUCUCAAUCUUGAUUUGAAAGAUCUUCACGGUUGUGACAUCAGCAGAGUACGAAGUGCAUACUUGGAUGGAAAAUCGAGAAACCUAAGACAGACAAUCCUUGUCACAGGAUUCGUAACACCGGAAAUGCAGAAGCUCUACAACGGUCUCGUGAACGUGGCUGGCAAGAUGAAAGUCAUACCCAUAUAUUCUGGAGACCCUCUAGCGGAGGUCAGCGGAAUGGAAAUCAAGCAGACUUUCUCCCGCUUUGUUUCCGCGAGUCCAACGUGCGACCCCGACGAGCGGUUCAAGUUUUUCACCACAGCUGUUCUACCUGCUCUACUCCGCGCGCCAAAACCUAUGGAUGGUGUUCCUGGGAUCAUGGUCUUUGUGCCGAGUUACUUUGACUUUCUACGGUUGAGAAACUUCUUCGCAACGAGCACCCUAACAGAAAACAUCUCCUUCGGAACGAUACAUGAUUACAGCGAAGUCUCCGAGCAGAGGAGAGCGAGAAGCCAUUUCAAUUCUGGAAGGCAUACGGUGUUGCUGUACACGCAACGAGCGCAUCAUUUCUAUCGACUCAGGAUGAAGGGUGUCAAGAGGGUUGUUUGCUACGGAAUUCCGGACAAUCCCAUCUUCUAUGAGGAGGUCGUUCGAGGUUUCCUGGAGAACUCGAUUGUGGAGGGAAAGAUCUCUGCUGGAGAGGCUAGUGUGAGGAAUCUGUUCAGUAAGUGGGACGGUUUGAGGUUGGAGCGGGUAGUGGGAAGCGAGAGGGUCGGAGGGUUGUUGAGUGGUGUGGGAGAUACAUUUGAUUUCGUCUGA